UUAAUGCAGUGGUGGCAGCCAUCUUGAAUAAAAUUUCACGGUGGCAUAAAGUGUAAUUCCAAAUAAAAUAUUAAUGUCAAUAAUAGUGAAUGACAUACAAAAUAAAAUUUCUUAUAAAAAAUUACAAUAUUUAUAAAGGCUAAACCAUUUGCAAAUACUUAUUCGGAGUGCGUGAAAAUUAUUAAAAGAUCACCAAUAAAACAAAUCAGCUGUUAUCCGUCAAUCGAUGUCAACAAAAUUACAUAAUUUUGUUUAGAAAAACAGUGUAGCCUCCGUCUUUUGAGUGUCAUUUUGAUAUUAGCAAACAUGCAGAUUCAUAUAAAUGUUCUGCAGCACAAAUUCUUCAAGUAAAUGUUUACUCAGAGGGUGCCAAAAUUCUCGACAAAUUUAUCACUUUUUGUAGAAUGUAGUCCACAGUACAUAUUUUAACAUGGAUCACAACAAUAUAAUUGAGUGUGGUGGAUUUUAUUUUAUACACAAUUUUGACUCUGGAAAUCUCGGUCAUGUGGAGCGAGUGCCUACGGAGCUUAUUGCUCCUAGCCAUAACCCAAAAACAAAUGCAGCUGAAACCCUGGACUAUGAGUUCAACAUGUGGACUCGGCCAGAUUGUGCCGGCACUGAGUUUGAGAAUGGCAACCGCACCUGGUUUUACUUUGGCGUCCAAGCCAGAGAGCCUCUUGUUACUGUGCGGCUGAAUCUAAUAAACCUGAACAAGCAGGGCAAGAUGUAUAACCAGGGCAUGGCACCAGUCACACGGACACUGCCCGGGAAACCACAGUGGGAAAGGAUAAAAGACCGGCCGGUGCAUUCUAUGGAUGACAAUACAUUCACCCUAAGCUUCAAGUACCGAACGUCAGACAACCUGAAGGCGACGACGUUCUUCGCGUUCACUUACCCGUUCUCGUUCGCGGAGCUGCAAAUAGCCCUGAACUCUAUAGACCUCAAGAUGCUACCGCUGCCGUCACCGCAGGCCCCGGACGAUAUAUACUACUGUAGGGAGUGCGUUAUAUACUCGCUGGAAGGGAGACGAGUGGACUUGCUCACAAUAAGUUCCCAUCACGGCAUAACGGCGGAGCGCGAGGACAGGCUCAAACACCUGUUCCCCGAGAACAAACCCAGAGCGUUCAAAUUCCAGAACAAGAAGGUAAUCUUCAUAUCAGCGCGCGUGCACCCCGGCGAGACCCCCUCAAGUUUCGUGUUCAACGGUUUUCUCAAUCUUUUACUAACCCGUCACGACCCCAUCGCCAUACAGCUACGGAAGCUAUAUGUGUUCAAGCUGAUACCGUUCCUCAACCCCGAUGGGGUCGCUAGAGGGCACUACAGGACGGACACGAGGGGGGUUAAUUUGAACAGGGUCUAUUUGAACCCCUCGCUGCUGUACCAUCCGACGGUGUACGCGUCCAGAGCUUUGAUUAGGUACUAUCAUUUUGGCUGUGAAAAAGAAGAUACGUUUGACGACCUUCAAAGCAUAGCAUCUCGCAGCAUACAGAACAUCAGUGAAAGCGUCGAGAUACUCGAAACGAAGAAGAAAAAGAGCCCUCCGUACAAGUCGAAGCCGAUCUCCAACAAGUCGACGAUCACGCUGAAAGCGCGGCCGUCCACCGCCGACACGAAACGCGGAGACCGAUCCAAUCAGGGGUCGUUGUUGAUCGAUCAGCUAAUGGACUCGAAAAAGGGUCCUCCGUUGAAAGGCAAGCCCGUGCCGGCGAACAAGUCUUCCAACACGCUGAAGCGACCUUCCACGGCCGAGGGCUCCAAGCAAAACAUCAAGGCGCCGAGCUCUGGGGAGGAAAACUUAAGCGAUCAGGUGUGCGAGCUGAAGCUGCGAGAAAUGACGUCACAGACGACGGAAACGUACUCACCUCGACCCUCUAACAACCCCUCGCUGCUGAACGACGAGACGCUCAGAUCGUGCCUGGGCUCGGCAGUGCACCUGAGCUCGAGCGACGAGCUCAACAUCCAGGGCCACAACCCGCUGCUCCCGCUGCGGGACACGCUCAAAAACAGCAUCAGCCUGCUCAUGGGCACGGCCUCCGUCUCUGAAUCCCGCAAAGAGAGCUCGAACGUGCGCAUGGGGUGGUGCCACGACUGCCGGCGCGCCGUCGACAGGCUGCAGGAGACCAUCCCCGGCCUCGCGGGCACUGUGGCCGGGUACAACGCCGCCGGGUCUCGAACGGGCAGCCCUUACCGCUCCAUCCAAGAGUACCGAGAAGUUCAGAAACAGCAAUAUGAAGAGCAGAAGGCGACGGAGAGAAAGCUUCAAGACUUAGAGCAGGCAGCAACGGACGAGCCCAUUUACUUCUGCACAAACUGCUUCAAGCGAUACAUCCUCACAGAAAAUAAUGAGGAAAUUAAAUUGGUGUCUGGCGUGUCGACGGCGAGCGUGGCCGUGGCGGCCGGCGACGGCGACAGCGGACACGCGCGGCAACCGGACAAUAAGCACGAACCCAAGGUGAGCUACCUACAGACUACACUAGUUGGUGUCUGGCGUGUCGACGGCGAGCGUGGCCGGGGCGGCCGGCGACGGCGACAGCGGACACGCGCGGCAACCGGACAAUUGGUGUCUGGCGUGUCGACGGCGAGCGUGGCCGGGGCGGCCGGCGACGGCGACAGCGGACACGCGCGGCAACCGGACAAUAAGCACGAACCCAAGCAGCGGUUACUGCCACCACCACCGCCACCGCCGAAAGAGGACAAGGGCAAGUCCCCCCCGUCCGCGGCGCGGAACCGCAAGAAAGCGCCCCCGCCCCCGCCCAAGCCCAAGGAGCCCGAGUCGGGGCUCUUCCUGUACAUAGACCUGCACGGACACGCCUCUAAAAAAGGUAUCUUCAUGUACGGGAACCACUUCGAGGACUCCGAAGCCUCGGUGGAGUGCAUGCUGCUGCCUCGGAUCAUGUCCCUUAACAACAUGCAUUUCCACUUCUCUUCCUGCAACUUCACGGAGCGAAACAUGUACCUUAAGGACCGGCGCGACGGCAUGUCGCGCGAGGGCUCGGGGCGCGUGGCCGUGCUGAAGGCGACGGGGCUGGUGCGCUCGUACACGCUGGAGUGCAACUACAACACGGGCCGCCUCGUCAACCUGCUGCCGCCGCCCGUCAAGGACGCGCCGCCGCCAACCACCGCUCCCCCCGUGCCGCCCAAAUACACGCCACACAUAUUCGAAGAGAUAAGGCAUCGCAAUAAGAAUCUGGAGAAUUCGGAAGAUAUAGAUCCCUGGCAGGUGGGGCGUUCUCUCGGCGCGUCGAUCCUGGACCUGACGGGGCAACACCCGAACUCGCGCGUGCCGUGCUCCGAGCACCGCACGCUCGCCUCCGUGCGUGACUGGCUGCGUGCGCACACGCGCACUGCGCGGCCCACGCUGACCGUGUCCCGGCUGCGGCCGAAGACGUCUUCACCCACUCGCGCGCCGCUGUACGUGCGCUCCAAGACCAAGGUGUCGGACGCCGAGCGCAAGGAGAACACGUACGCCGGCGCCAAGGCGGACGAGAGCCGCGCCGCGCCCGCGCGCUCCGUGCACGACCUCGCCGCCGCGCGCUACCAGCCCGACCCCAAGCCCAAGGCCCUGGUCAAGCGCCGCAACGUGCUCGCCGUACGUAAACCCAACGCCAGUAAAACUCAGCUCGCCAAGAAGCCCGCGCGCGACGAGAGCCCGCGCCCCUCCGCGCUCUCCGCCAGGAUCGGCUCCAAGCGGAGCUCGAACCGCUCCGUGCGCGCCGUCUCCCGCGCCGACCGCUGCCGCGCGGUCGCCUCCUCCUCCUCCGAGGAGAUAGCCGGCUGGGAGGAGGUCCCGGGCGGCACGCUGACGGGCCUGUCCCGGGCGGAGUCGCUGUCGAUGGCCGGUAAGCGCCGCCCGCACGCGUUCGCCGCCCCGCAGCACCUGAAGAAGCUCCGCCUGAAGACGGGCUUGUAGCGCAAGCCGCGCGCGCGCCCGGCGCCCCGCCG